ACCUUAGAAUAGUCAAACACUCGAACCUUUUACUCGAUGAACAUCAACCAAACCCCUAUCUGUGAUUCAAUCUCCGGUAUCUCAAGUCACAAUUCUCCCAUGGCAGAAAAUGGGGAAAAAUCGGAAGUCAGAGAUUCACCAUCAGUUCCAGCAUCUUAUCUGGAGGUAAGUUGCAGAAGUUCAAGCAAGAUCAGAAGGUUUUCUUCGGGUACGGAGGCCGGAUUUGCAUUGAAUUUGAUUAACAGAAAGCUUGAUGAAGGAUUGCCGCAGGCGUUGUAUAUAGAAGCAGUUAAAGAAGAGGAAGAGCCAAUCAAUUUCGGUCCUAAUUCAGUUCUUGUAUCUUACGGCCAUGGAUGGAAGCUGCGGACAGUUACUGAAACCGAAGGAGGUCCAAGAGCUAGAACAAGAACCAGAAGAACAUCAAACCAAGAAUCAUCUUCACCGGGAUUUGAUGAUAUGCAAUCAACAAAAGGACUAUUACCAUCUGUUAUAGGUGCCAAUUACAUUGCUAAAGUAUUGCUGGCUUUUGUUUUACUUUUUUUGUUUGGGGCAAUUUUCACAUUAGCUCUUGAGAACCUUCCCAGGUUUCUUAUUUCCAUCAGCUCUUCCAUUUAAGUACAUCAAUAUAUAUUAUUCCUAGCAUGCUUUUCUAGCUAUGAAACCUGUUUAAUUCUGUAAAUUCCCAUAUCUAAAACUGCUGGAAUUGGUAUUUUUAUGAUUUACCCGAAAUACUGAAACAGUAACUUAGUUGCA